AUGCGGCGGCCCAAGUCGGAGGACGACACUUUUGCGGAUGACUUGCCUCCCAGCGUCGCCGUGCAGUACCGCAUCCUGCAGAAGCUGCUGCCGGGACGCCCGGCGGCGUGCCAUCAGGCGCUGAGUGCGACGGACCCACCGGCGCGCCGCCGUGCGACUCCACACUCGGCGGGAGGCGAGGGCAAACGUCGCCGCGCUUGCACUGACCCUGCGCAGCCCCCAACGGUGUCGUCCUCUUCGUGCUGUGGCGGGGGCCGUUGGGGUGCCGACGCGAAGGCGAAGGCGCUGCGCGAGAUUGAGCUUGGGGGGCCGAUCCUUGACCAGUUGCUUGGGGCCCACGCAACCCACAGCCGGCUUGAGGCGGCGUUCGAAGAGCGGUGGCGGGAUACGUGGCGCACGUUUGCCGAGUUUGAAGCACGGCAAAGAUCUUUGAUAGAAGCGAUGGCAGGGUGGUUUUUUGAGGCGUUUUCUCCGUCUCUGUUUAACGGCAUGUUCAGGCAACUCGAGGACCAGGCGCACCGUGCAGCGGCGGCGAAGAGCAGGGUGGCGGCGUUGGAGCGAAAAACCGAGGAGCUUUGGAGGUACAACAAAAUCCUGGAGGACCGUCACGGGCAGUCGCUCCGGCUGCAGCCGCUGGAGGACGAGCGGGACGACGCGCUACGAGAAAACGAAGAGGUGCACCGCGCGCUGAAGGCAUCUCAGGGGGAACUUCGUGAGUCGCGGCAGACCAUCGCGGCUCUUCGGCGGCAGCUGCGGGAGGCGGAGACGGCCUCCAAGGCGCCGUUGCGUGCAUUGACAGGGGAGUUCGAGGAGCUGAAGGCCCAGUAUCGCGAGCUAGUGGCCGCCGGUGGGCGCGCGCCGCCAACCACAGUGGCGAAGGCGGAGGAGCGUGCAGUGGCGGACGCGGGGGAAGGCAGGGCGCCGUCUGUCGAGCUGUUGAGGGGGCAGGUGAGGGAGCUGCAGCACCAGCUCUUGCUGAGGGACACCGCCGUCGGGCGUCUGCAGCAGGAGCUCGCGGAGCUGCGGGAGUCGGCGCGGGAGCUGGGGGCUUCCCAGGCGGAGGUGCAGACGUUGGGGCCGCGGCUGAAGGCCGUCACGGGGCCUCACCCACACUAG